AUGCAUAAUUUUAUUGAAGGUCUCAAGGGUCAAACUCGCAUGCUUCUAGAUACUUCUGCGAGAGCCACAAUCAGAACCAUGAUAGAACCACAAGUUAAAGACUUGAUUGAAAAUAUGUUAUUGAAUGAAUAUCAUUUAAAGAGUGAAAGAUCAGUGAAAAUUGAAACUACAGGAACACCAAAAGACGUUUUACCUAGUUCUAGUGGAGGAUUUAAAAGUAACACUGUGGAUAAUCCUAAAAAUGAGACAUGCAAUGAUUUAGAAGCAGGUUUUGAGGUAAUCACCAACAUAGGUAAGGAUAAAGUAGUGGAAGAGGUCUUGAUUGAAAAGGACGAUGUAGGGUCUGAGAAAGAGGGGAGUGAAAAUCAGAGUGACAAAGUUGAGAAAGGGGUCACCAUUGAGCAAUUGAUAGACAAAAAAUCCCCUUGGAGAAGGACUAAGAAACAAAUUCUUAAUGACCAUAACCCAGAGCUACCAAAUUGCGUGAAACCACCAUAUCCAUUAAUUAAGAAGAGACCACUACAGGAAGAUGAGGCAUGGUUGUUUACCGGGUUUAAAGAGAUGUUAACCAAGCUUCAGGAGUUAUUAACUGUUAUAAAGCAGAAGCUGGAUAAAGAGCAUGUAAAUAUGACAGAGAAAUGUGAUACGACAUUGCUCCACACAAUGCUAACAAAAUUGAAGGAUCUAAGUAAGUUCACCAUCUCUUGCAUUAUUGGUGGGGUAGAGAGCCCACAUGCUCUAUGUGAUUUGGGUUCGAGUAUCAAUUUAACACCUCUGAAUAAGGCGAAUGAAUUAAAUUUGGGAGCGAUCAUGCCUAGUGAUGUAACUCUCACUUUAGCUGAUUUAUUUGUUAAUCACCCUCAUGGUGUUCUACAAGAUGUUUUACUAUAUGUCGAUGGUUUAGUUUUUCCUGCAAAUUUUGUGGUGGUAGAUAUGAAAGGAGACACAUGGGGCUCAGUUAUUCUCAGAUGCCCAUUUUUGGAGAUAUGA